AUAAGAUGUGGUGUCUGAAACAAGACUUGAUGAGUAAGCAGAAAUUUGUUAGAUUAAGAGGAAGUGUGUAAAGGAAAGAGGCUAAGAAAUAGAAUAUGCAAAUGUCUAGAGCAGAGAGGAGAACUGGAAGAGAGGGGUCAUGGGAGCUGAGGAGGGAGACCAUUUCUAAGAGCAAGUUUCCAAUUCAAACACUCCGGGUCAUCUUUGGAGUAGGGAAAAAGGUCAUGUUUGGAGAUACCAGGAAUUGGAUAGGAGAUUUGAGAAUAGUGAUGAAUAUUUGAAAUAACCUGCUUUCUGGAACUGGGAAGAAAGGGACAAGAGGGAAUGGGCAGUAUUGCAUAACUAGCUGAAUCUGGGAGACCAUCUUAGCAGUGUCAGUCUGCCUACUUGUGACUUCUUUGGCACUGUGCACUACUGGGUGAGAGGAGAGAAGACCAGCAAUAGGCUUGAUCAGGUGCUGAAGUUUUGCUGGCCCAGUGUUACAGAAGGACACUGGGCAGGUGAUUGAUGACCCUGGCAAGAAAGGUAUUAAGGUGAUGGAUUAUGGAAUCUACACUGAAUAGGAAGGGAGGUGGAAGCAGGAGUGAAUGAAGGUGUCUGAGAAGAAUAGGAAUCACUGACAAAAGAACGAGGAAGCUAGACUGAAAAGAAACUGGGGAUAGAACGUGGGCUCUUACAGUUUAAAUUUUAUCAGUGCAAAGCUUGCAUGUAAUGACAGGCUUCAAGGAGUGUCCCUGCAGUUCACAAUGUCAGGGACUCUGAUGUUGAAUGGGUCAUGCAUGUACACACUGACACCUAGGAUGAUAAAUGCCCUAAUAACUAUAUGUUGUGUAAAUUACAUUACAACAUACUCUUUUCACUUUUCCCCUUAUACCUUAUAAAACUACUCUUUGACAAUAGGACAUUAGUAAAUGAAAUGCAUAUCUCUAGAAUUAAAAAAUGUGUAUAAUACUUUUCUUCUUAGUAACUUCAGCCUACUUCCUUGUAAACCCCAUAGAAAUCAUUUCAAGGGCAGUAAGUUUGCGUUUCUCUUGUUUCUCCUUAGAGCAGUGUGUCCACCAGAUGAAUGUGGAACUAGGAGGCUAAAUCUUUCCACAUUUAGAAAUUCUGUGAGAGGUGUGAGGGGCCAAGUAACAACCCCAUUCCUUAUCUAACUUCAGAACUGACUGAUAGAGACAGAAAACAAACAGCAAAUAAGAAUAAGGAUUUUCAUAGCAUGUGUAUUUUUUUCUUUCCCAGAGACUGGGCACCCCAGGUACCUUGUAGUACUCCUGUUCCUACUGAGAGGACAGUUGCUCAUUUGAAUACUUUGAAGGACCGUCACCCCAGUGACCUGUGGGCCCGGACACACAUCUCAUCUUUAGAAUAUGCUGCAGGAGACAUUACCCGAAAAGGGAGAAAAAAGGACAAAGCUCGAGUGAGUGAAUUGCUCCAAGGCCUUGCAUUUUCUGGGGACUCAGAUGUGGAAGAAGAUAACGAGUCUGAGACUCAGCCUGCUCAAAAAAAGCUAAAGAUGUCAAAUGUCCCAGGGAAGAAUUGGACCAAAAGAGACAUUAAACCCAACUUUCCAAGCUGGUCAGCACUGGAUUCUGGACUUUUGAAUCUCAAGAGUGAAAAGUUGAAUCCAGUGGAGUUCUUUGAAUUAUUUUUUGAUGAUGAAACAUUUAACUUGAUUGUCAAUGAAACCAAUAAUUACGCUUCUCACAAAAAUGUCAGCUUGGAAGUCACAGUUCAGGAAAUGAGGUGUCUGUUUGGUAUCUUGCUUUUAAGUGGAUUUGUGAGGCGCCCCAGAAGGGGAAUGUAUUGGGAAAUCUCUGAUGCUGAUCAGAACCUUGUUGGAGAUGCAAUUAGAAGGGACAGAUUUGAAUUGAUUUUCUCAUGCCUUCAUUUUGCAGAUAAUAGCCACCUAGAUCAAAAAGAUAAGUUUACAAAACUGAGGCCUUUUAUAAAGCAAAUGAACAGAAAUUUCCUCCUAUAUGCUCCCCUGGAAGAAUACUAUUAUUUUGAUAAGACAAUGUGUGAAUGCAUCGAUAGUGAUCAAUUCGUGAAUGGGAAGCCUAUUCGAAUUGGCUAUAAAAUCUGGUGUGGUACAACCACACAGGGUUAUAUGGUUUGGUUUGAGCCCUAUCAAGAAGAAUCAACUGUGAUAGCAGAUAAGGAUCUCGAUCUUGGUUUAGGUGGAAAUCUAGUGAUGAAUUUUGCCAAUAUUCUUUUAGAGAGAGGUCAAUAUCCCUAUCACCUUUGUUUUGAUAGUUUCUUUACAAGUGUCAAACUGGUGGCAGCCUUAAAGAAGAAAGGGGUGAGGGCAACAGGAACAAUUCAUGAGAACAGGACUGAAAAAUGUCCCCUCAUGAAUGCAGAACACAUGAAAAAAAUGAAGAAGGGAUAUUUUGAUUUCCAAGUGGAAGAAAAUGAUGAGAUAAUUUUGUGUCGUUGGCAUGGUGAUGGCAUUAUCAGCCUGUGCUCCAAUGCUGUAGGCAUAGAACCAGUUAAUAAUGUAAGUUGUUUUGCCAAUGAUGAUGAGAUCACUCAGAUAAUUCAACCAUCAAUAGUGAAAUUGUAUGAUGAAUGCAGAGAAGGUGUAGCUAAAAUGGAUCAAAUCAUUUAUAAGUAUAGGGUGAAAAUAAGAAGCAAGAAAUGGUACUCAGCUUUGGUGAGCUACAUAAUUGAUGUAGCCAUGAACAAUGCAUGGCAGCUACACAGAGCCUGUAACCCAGGUACCUCUCUAGACCUCUUGGAUUUUCGGAGAUAUAUUGCACAUUUCUACUUGAAGCAGAAGGCUAACCUGUCAGAUUAAGGCAGAUAAAACAGAUGCACUGCAGAUACUAAUAAGACACAGAAAAGUCACAAGUACACAUCAGACUGUACCCUCUCAAAGCAAACCUGAUGUUUGCAAUGAAAUUAAUAUUUUUUUAAAUCAAACAUUUAUUGAGAGUUUCAAAUACUAUCACAACAAGUAAUAUUAAAGUUUACUUGUAAAAAUGUUGAACUCCAGUGGUACGUUUUCUAUGUGUAAUUUGGAUGUCAUAUGUGGAAAUCACCUAUUUGUUGAAUUGGUUAUUUUGUGCAUUUAAAGAACGAACUGAC